AUGUCAAGGUAUCUCGUCACACCAUUGCAAGCUUCCUACCCGAGGUAUGUCAGGGUAUCUCGUCACACCAUUGCAAGCUUCCUACCCGAGGUAUGUCAGGCUAUCAUCGAUCACUACAAAGACGAAGUAAUACAGUGUCCACAGACUAAGCAGGAAUGGAGAUCACUCAGCUGGGAUUUCCAAGAUGAAUGGAACCUCCCCCAUGAUCUGCGGGCCUUAGAUGGGAAGCACGUCGCCAUUAGAAAACCACCAUCCUCUGGAAGUCUAUACCAUAACUACAAGGGAUUCUUCUCCAUCGUCCUGUUCGGAUUGGUAGACGCCAAAUACAGGUUCUUGAAGUUAGACGUCGGUGGAAUGAGGCACAUGUCCGAUGCCCAGAUCUUCAACGCCUCAGAGCUUAAAGAAUGCAUCGAAGAUGGUAGCAUUAACUUCCCAAGACCAGUGCCGCUCCCAUAUGACGACGUCGACACGCCAUACUUCCUUCUGAGGGACGACGCUUUUGCCGUCAGAAAGUAUCUCAUGAAGCCAUACUCCAGACGGGGGCUCACAGACGAUGAAUUGGUUUUCAACUAUAGGAUAUCCAGUGCGCGCAGAGUUGUUGAGAAUGCCUUUGGCAUCUUGGCAAAUCUCUGGCAAUUCCUUCUAACUACACUGCAUCAGGGACCAGAUGUCGUCAGAAGAAUGGUUGAAGCUGCUGUCUGUCUUCACAGUAUACUGAGGAUGAGGUACACUGCCAUUCAGGAUUCACUUUUCGACAGAGAAGAAGAACACCACAACAUCAUCCAUGGGCAGAGGCGUGAGACGGUCAACAUGCAUGAUUUGGCAAAUGUGGUGCGUCCCAACAGAGACACUAUAGAGGCCAAGAAACAGCGGGAGUACCUCAAGCUCUACUUCAACAGUGAAGUUGGAAAAGUCGCCUGUCAACCCUACAUCAUCAGACAGAUCCAAGUGUGA